UUGUAAAGGACGUUAUUGUAUAGGUUCAGUGUUGUGGCCCCGUGGUGCUCGGGUAUCUAUUUGUCAUCCUACGUAACUAUGACGUCUUUUUUUUGGUGAAAUCGCGCGGCGUGUUGUCCGCCGUGCUGACAGACUGAAUGUGUCUCACCAGAUUAUUCGUCUCAAAUACAGACCAGAGAGGAAUAAACUAAAGACCCCACGUCGGCUAGAAAAGGCUACAGCUCCUGUCCUUCAACAUGAGCGACGACACAGACUCCCCCCUCGAGAGGGAAAUGAAGGAUUUUCAGUUCCGUCAGAUGAAGAAAACGAGAGUUUUUGAGCCUGCUGAAGAUUUGCCAAAAGAAAGAUCAAGCCUGCUUUCCGUCUCAAACAAAUUUGGUUUAACUUUUGUUGGGCUGGACAGAACAUUCAAAGUUUACCAAACUCAAGACAUCCUGGCUGCUGAUAAAGCGGACGGCACCUCCAACGUAGUAGUCGAGGGGGUACCAGCACUGGCGGAGGUGACUGUGGAACUGGCUCUGCACCACUUGGCUCUCAGUUGUGAUGAACUUACGUUGUCGGUAUGCGGCAUGUCUGAGGAGACGGGUUUGUCCCUCACGUUCUAUGAUGUCCGCACCUUUGCGAACAAGGCAAGACCACAAAAGUUGCCUUUUGCGUCGCUGCUGCCUCCAGUACCCUCUGGCACUUUAGUGCACGACCUGAAGUGGAAUCCUGCUCAGACCUCCAUGUUGGCUGCCUGUAUGUCCGAUGGCAGUAUGCAGAUUUUGGAGGCUGCUGAUGGUGUCAGAGUGCUGGCCGAGCUACCUGCUUCAAGUGGCAUCACAUGCAUUUGCUGGAGUCCAAAAGGAAAACAAGUUGCUGCAGGAAAAAUGAAUGGCACCGUCAGUCAGUAUACCCCAGCACUAGAAGAAAAGAAAGUUAUCCCAUGUCCACACUUCUACACCUCUGACGAACCUGUCAAAGUUCUGGAUGUGCUGUGGCUGAGAACCUUUGUGUUUGCAGUGGUGUAUGCUGCUGCUGAUGGGUCCCUUGAGACCCCUCCUGAUCUAGUGUUGGUUUCCCUCCCUAAGAAGGAUGAGAGGGUAGAUACAAAGUACCUGCACUUUAGUGACACAGUAUAUGGCAGCUGCACUGAGAGACAACACCACUACUUCCUCAGCCACAUAGAGGACUGGGACCUUGUGUUUGCAGCAUCAGCAGCUUCCAUUGAAGUCAGCGUUAUAGCCAGACAAGAUGACAAGAUCUGGGAGCUUUGGAUCCUGGAGGAUGCGAGUAGGGCUGAGCUUCCAGUGACCGAGACAAAUGAAGACACUCUUCCCCUCGGUGUAGCAAUAGACUAUACCAGCCAGCAGGAGAUCCACAUCACGGAUGAGAAGACCUUGCCACCAGCACCCACUAUGCUGAUGCUAUCCACGGAGGGACUACUCUGCCCAUUUGCCCUGCUCAACCUCAACCCUGGUGUUAAGCAACUGGUCUCAGCCCCCACUACCCUCCGCUUGGAGGGGGAGAGACUGCCCAAGCCAGGUUCUUUUGCGACUCAACUACCCAAAAUUGCUGCCUCCAUCCCAUCUGCGCCAGCAACAUUCUCAAACCUCGGUCUUACUCCAGCCCCUGCUGCCUCUUCCUCUGCUGCCCCAUUCAGCAUGGUUCCCACAGCUCCUGUGUCGUCAUCUUCAUCAUCAGGUUUUACUUUCUCAGUACCAACUACAUCCACCACCUCUGCCCCUUCAGCCUCCCCCCUGGUGGGAUCCACAUCUUUUGGCUCGGGAUCCACACUUUUUGGCUCAGGGUCCACGGGCUUCCCCUUUACCUCCAAACCUCCCUCUGUCACUCCCUCAGCACCUUCAGCGUUUACUUUCACCCCUUCCAUCAAACCGUCACCAGUGGCAGCUCCAGCUCCAGCACCCCAGAACCCGGCUGCUCCCUCCCCAUCAACAGUGAAACUGAAUCUAAAUGAGAGAUUUUCAACAUUGGAGACGCCAGCACCAACACCACAGUCUUUCUCAUUCACUUCCCCGCUGGCCAAAACAGCUGUCUCAAAUUCCAGUAGUUUGACCGCCCCUUCGCUCUCAACCACUAAACCACCAGCUGUAUUAGCCCCAGUGCGUCCAGUUCAAACCAGCACACCACCCACAGUCAUCCAGAAGCCUUCUCCUGCUGUGCAGGGCCGUGUCCAAACUCCACAGGCAGCUGUUAGUGUGAAGGCCCUGGAGAAGCAGCUACAGCAAAAGAAAGACUCUGAUCCCAUUAUGGCUGGUAUACUGGAGGAGAUUGCCCACUUCCAGAAGGAGUUAGAUGACCUUAAAGCACGAAGCGCAAGAGCAGACUUCAAGGUUGGCACCAAUGAUGAGAUGAAGGAGUUGAGGAAGGAGUCGGAGGACCUCCAUAUUUUCACCCUGGAGAUCAAGGAAACUACUGAGUCUCUCCAUGGAGAUAUUGGUACACUAAAGACCACCUUGCUGGAGGGCUUUGCUGGGGCAGAAGAAGCCAAAGCCCAGAGUGAGCUGGGCAGAGACAGAAAUUACAGACAGCUGCUGUACAAGAAACCUCUGGAUCCACGCAGUGAGGAACAGCUCAAGGAGAUUCGCAGGCUGUACCAGUAUGUUACAUUUGCUGUGGAGGAUGUCAAUGAUGUGUUGGAUGUGGAAUGGGAGAAACACCUGGAGAAGAAGAAAAAGCUGAAACACAUGGUCGUGCCAGGGCGUGAGGGUUUGUUCACCACACUGGCCAACAACCUGUGCAUUAUCAACCAGCAGAAGAACAGAUUGGACCAGUUGGUUAAGGAACUCACUUCACUGCGCCUCUACAACAAGACUGCUGCUCCAACUAUAAACCGCAGUACUGCUACAGCACCAACUUCUGGUUUGGAAAGCGAGCUUGAAAGCUUACGUGACACACUCCUCAAGGCCAGGCUGGACUCCAGCCCUCCUAUGGCCAAAUCCAAAUCUCCAGCAGCUAAGAUAUCCCCAGUGAAACAGUCCCAGUUGCGAAAUUUCCUCUCAAAGGGACAGAUGCCUCCUGUCCGCUCUACUGCACCAGCCAACCUGUCUCGCUCAGCCUUCCUUUCACCUAAAUACUAUGAAGACUUGGAUGAUGUGAGCUCCACGUCCUCCCUGUCCCAGUCCCUGGAGCCUCACCCGGUUCACUUGGAGCUGGAGGAGGAGGAACUACAGCCAGAACCUGUUCCAGUGACUGUCAUUCCUCAAGCAUUGUCUACCCCCCGCCACCCUACAGUCGUGAGGACCCCUUCUAUCCAGCCUGGCUUUGGGGCCAUCCAGUCCACCCCUUUAACCAAAAUUCACUCAGUACCGGGUAUGGGCUUUGGACUCAGCCCUAUUGUCAACCCUGUUCCUACCAAUAAGAUCAACCUCAGCGGGGCUGAUAGCACUGCUCUUGCCACAAAGACAGUAAAACAUGGAGCCCCACCGACUGAGAGGACCAUACCUGUCACCGUCCCUGCACAGCAGGCUGCGGGCACUGCGGCUCUACGCAGACAGAUGGCCAAUCAGAAGACGGCUGUUGUCAGUACUUCCUUGACAGAGUCGACUUUGAAGACUGUUCCUCAGGUGGUCAAUGUCCAGGAGCUCAAGGACAAAGGGCCUCCUGUGCCAGUUCCCAGUAUAAUCAGUUCAUCAGUGCCAGAUCAAGCAGGUCCAGUCUUUGCCGUUUCUUCCAACCAGGCCAAACGAAAUCCUGCCCAAGGUAUCCAGAAGAUGUCCUCUGAAAAUACAACCACCACACAGGGAAGCUUCGUGUUUGGUCAGUCACCCAAACCAGAUGUUUCUGUGGCUUCUGCUAGCUCAGCAGAGCAAAUUACCAGCAAAGGUUUUUCCUUCACAUCAGGGUCUUCGGGCUUCAGUUUUGCUUCAGUUACACAGGGAGCUGGAAUAUCACAAGUGAAGGAUGUGAAUAAAUUCGCCUUUGGUGGAAAUGGCAAGAUGAUGUUUGGCCAGACUGGAGAGGAUUCAUUCUCCACUGCUCUUGGCUCUGGGUCUCCCACCCUUCCUCCAAGCACAUCAGGAGACAAGCUCACCUCCACCACGACUGCCCUUAGGUUAGAGCCACAGCCCCCUAAGACUGUUGGAGGAGAAACUCUGGGCAUUUUCUCUGGACUACGUGUGGGCCAAGGAGAAGAAGCUAAAGAUUCAUCCAUCAAACCUGCUGCUUCUUCAUUUGCCUUUGGGGAAACUGGACUUGGUACGGGCAAAGGAGCAGCACAGUUUAGCUUUGGUGCAAUACUCCAAAAGUCUGCAGAAGAUUCUACAGUAGCAGACUUGUCCAAAGGUGCAGUGUCGGGCAGUUUGUUCAAGCCUCCUGAAUCAAAUCCCAAGCCUGCCGUCUCUGUUCCCCAAUCUAGCUCAAUUGCCCCAACAUUACCUACAUAUUUCAGUAGUCUUCUCGGAGCUUCUUCAGACUCAUCAGAGGAACCAAAAGUGCCCCCACAACCUUCCGAACCCUCACCACCUCCUGAAAAAGAACCUGCUACUGAACCACGUGUAGAGAGCACCACUCCUCUAGCAAUACCUGAGUCCGCAGGGGAUUCUGCCGCCACAGAAACCACAGCAGCCACAGUUACAGCACCAAUAUCCACACCUCCUUUGGCCAUAGCUGCCCCUACCCCAAACCCUCCCACCUCCAUCACCGCCCCAACUGAAGCGACCCCUCCAACACCAGCCAGUGCGGCUCCCACAUUUGAUCUCACCCCAGACAGCACCACCACCGCUGUUCCUGCGCCCACUUCAGCUGCUGCCACCCCUGCUGUAGUACCCGUCUCUCAGGUAGCUCCAGCAGCAUUCCAGGUGCCCAGUUCUGACAAACCCGGUUCCAUUUUUACUCAGCCUGCCCUUUUAAUAACAGACAGCAGUUCCCUUGGAAUUACACCAGUUAUCUGCACAGCUGUGCCUGCAGCCACCACUCCUACCCCUACUGUUGCUAACACUACUACUACUGCCGCUAGUGUGUUUGGGCAACCGGCUGCACCUCCAGCGUCCUCCGCUCCUUCAGCCCCCGCAGCCCCCGCAGCCCCAGUAUCGACUACAUUUGGCUCAGCUGGGUUCGGUACAUCAACUGGAACUGGUUUUGGCAAGUCCGUAUUUGGCCAGGUGAGUGGCUUUGGCCAGCCUGCCGGCAACACUGGAACAGCGAGUGGCUUCUCUUUUGGCCAGUCAACAUUUGGAGCAACUUCUAACAGUGCGACUACUGGAGGAGGUCUUUUUGGUGCUUCUACUGCUAGCAAUGCCAGUUCCUUCUCCUUCGGCACGAGCAGUGCCAACACAGCCAGCAGCACUGGCUCAGGGCUGUUUGGGCAAAGCACAGCACCAGCAUUUGGCCAGAGCUCUGGGUUCGGGCAAGGGUCUGUGUUUGGGAGUAAUACCACCACAUCCUCAUCUACAGGAUUCAGCUUCGGACAACCUGCAGGUUUGCCUCACCUCCCAGCGGCCCAUCCUUUGGUGCUCUAGCCAAUCAGAACCCUCCAUCGUUUGGGGCCUUGGCCCAGCAGGGCACUGGGUUUGGAAGUCAGGCCAGCAGCUUCUCUGGCUUUGGACAGCAGCCACAGGCAGGAGGAUUCUCUGGAAACACCUUCGGCUCUACAAACCAAUCAAGUCCACAAACAUUUGCCAGUUGGAGAAGCUAGUUUUAUUAAACCUCCACGUCACUGCUACUUUCUGCAAUCAAGCUCUUUGUGCCACACAAUGGGUGGAGGGACAGAGGGAAUAUUGUGUUGCAUUUGGGUUAAAAGGGUGAAUAAAGUGAAUUAGAAGAAGCUAGAUUAACUUGCAUUUCUUUGUAGAAAACUUUUGUAUAUUCUAGAAAAAAGUUUUCAAGCAGGUUGCAGAGUGUAGUUCAUUCUAUUCAUACAUAUUAAUGUGGGUUAAGUUUAUGCCAUGGGAGAACACAAGAGAAUUGAGAAUUGAUAUCUAUACAAGCAGAAGACGUGUAGUUUGAGGUACCUGGAAAAAAACAGAUUUACUACAUUUUGAAAACCAUAAAAAACAAAAAAUAAUCUUUUUGUAAACUGGUCCAUGACCCUCUUCAGAAAAUGUAGUACAUUGUUGUUGUUUUUUUUGAUUACAGGCCUAUGGGGUUCAUUUUGUGUCCAGCAUUUUAAAGUUUUUGUUACCGCACCUUUAAACACAGCAAUACACAAAUACUUUCGAGCUCAACUUCUGAACAUCUCACUCUUUCACUGAAUUAUGUACACUGGUGUCCUCAGCGUGGCUUUAUAAAUUAAUUCAGUACAGUCAUGGACAAAUGUCAAACAUGUACGCCCAUGGAAAAUGUAACAAAAUUAAACAAACUGUCAAAAAAAGCAUUGUGGUUUGAGAUGGAAAAAAAAAAGUUAUAUUUUAUUUUUCAAAUGAUUUUUGCAGUAAACCCCCGCUUGAUGUAUAUUUUUACAUGAAAAAGUGAAAAUAAAUUAAGUUCCUCCAACAACUUA